CCCCCCAUUCCAGCGGGGAAAGCAAGGCGGUCAGCGUGGCUGUGGCGCAGAGGCUGGAGGCGAAGAAUAAGUAUCACGCAGUUAUGUUUAAAUUACGACUUUUACACCCGGAGCGAGUUAGCCAGGUGCCUGGGAGUAACUUCCAAGGAGCAAGGAGUGCCUGGACCCUUCUGGCACUGCGCAGUUGUGGCCAGUUUUCUGGCGUGCUGGGUGUCACAGAGCCAUUCUGGAUGUAACUGCUGAGCGUGUAUGGGGGUUCACAACCAUCCUCGCACUGUGUUUUAUCGGUGAUGAACUGGUGGUUGCUAAAGGCCUCACAGUCUUAAGUGGCUUCAGAUAUAUCCCCUGUGUUAUUUUGGAAUGCAUCCUGAGGCAGAUGUAGUCUGGUUUUGUGCUCUUUGACUGAUACAUGCACGUUGCUUUCUGAUUUCCUGUAAUAUACAAAUAAAUGGCUAUUUCCCUGUUUCUUGGAGGGAGAUGCAUGUUCUAGUGGGAGAACUAAAGCACUCUAGCUGUGCUGUGUGUUUCUCUUUCUUAAGGUGUUGCGCAGCACAGAAAAUCCAGAUGUUUCUGGAGCUAAGCCAAGUACAGUGCUCCACUUGUCAAUCUGUUUUAAUUUGGCUUGUACUGUCGUCAGAGAAGCAAUUACUCUGUGGUUUUCUUCCCUUGAAGCUAAAGUUUGUUUUUCUAGAAUCACAUAUGUGAUGUAUGGAAGUUCAGAAGCUUUCUUGGUUUUUUGUCUUGUCAGGCUGUAGCUUGUUGCUGCAAGAUGAAGAUGGUUUCCUCUAAAACUUCUGGUUGCCUUCAUAAUGGCAUUUUUAAUGUGGUAGUGUGUGUGGGAGCAGAGCUGUGUUGUAUGUUAAGUGUUUAAAAAGCAAGUUAUCAGUUGCCUUAAGUAUUGAGGAAACAAUUCCAAAUUUGACCAGAGAUAUGCUCUUGAUGGCAUUUUUCAUGAACUCUGGUAUUUAGGCAUGUUCAAUUUCAUCAGUUUGAAUAACAUUGCUGCAAUGCACAACAGCAAAAAAUACCAUGACUUACAGAGAAAUCCAGACUAAGACUCAGCCUUACACAGAGAACCUGACCAAAGUUUCUGUUGAAAAUUUGUGAAUUAUGUCUCUCUGUUUUCUUGCUUAAGGAUAUGUGAAUAUCAGGAGAAACUCUGAGCUGAAGGUGCUUGCAAUACAGAGGAAUAAAUGAAGUCAUGUGGCUGACUCGCAAAUCCCACGUUUUGUGCAUUUCUUGGAGUGGUCAAAUCUUGCCACAUGAGCUGCAUGCAGCUUGUUAGCAUUUCCAGUCCCACUUGUCAAUCAUGUGGAUUUCCUCUGGACUGCAUAGACUUCUAGUGUUGUUUCUUAGAACUUUAGAAAAAGGUGCUCUAGUCUGCAAAAUAUGCCUGUAGAUUCUAAGGAGCAGUUGUGGAAACUGCUAAUUCAGGAGGGAGCGUAUGUAUCAGCUGCUAAGCAGGAAGUAGACUCUUACAGGAUUUUGAUCUUUGUCAUAGGUAAAAGUUAGCUGUCACGUGUAGGUUCCUUCAGCUCCCCGUGUUCCUGCUCUGUCAAAUGUUUUACUAAGUCUUGCUUAAACAAAGAUGAAGUUAGUAAGCACCUUAGCCUAGCAGGCUAGAAGUGCAGGCUUAGUGAGGCAGAGUGGGAGAAAUCACACACGUAUUGAGGUUAGAGAAUAUGGGAUGUGGGAAAGUAUGAUUCUUGGCUGUAUGAAGGCUUUGAUACACAGCAAGUAGACUUGAGUUGCUUCUCUGCACAAGGACCUCUAUUGUAGUGGAGAGGGGAAGGAAGCAGUGUGCCACCAAACUGAAUCUUUCGGUCCUGCUUGUGUUUGCAGUUCAUUCUGUUUCUCAUUCUGAAGUUAACGUGGCCAAACAAUGAGUGUGCCUUUUCUUGCUCAGGUGUGCCUGUCUUCAGUUUUCUUGUUUUAAAGGCUGCAGAAGUCACAGCAUUGUCAGCUCUCUUCUUGAGCUGAAAUUAAAACUUCUUUGUGAUAUGCAUGCAGAGUCUCCAUUUGAAAACUUCAAGUUCCCAUAAAACAGUAACCAGAGUGUGUAGUUAGUGUAGUGGCUGCUUACUUACUUUGAGUGCUCUGGAAAUUUAAUUAGAGUCUCUGAAUUGCUCUCUGUAGAGAUGCUGAUCUCUUGGCAGUGACUAGGCAGGGGAUAUGAGCACCUAACUCUGGCAUUCUUGACCUGUGGUAAUAGCAGAUGUCUGUGGGCACGUGAAAUGGCCGCAGAGGACAAACGGUCUCCGACACUGGAUUCUACCAGUGAUCUACCUCAUUCUCCUGGUAGUCCAUCUCAUCUCACUCACUUCAAACCCCUGACUCCUGACCAGGAUGAGCCUCCUUUUAAAUCAGCCUACAGCUCUUUUGUAAAUCUCUUCCGUUUCAGCAAAGAUGAUGGCAGGCUUUCAUCAACGGCAGAGAGAGCAGAGGCAGGACAGAGUCAUCCACAGGCGUUGAGUGGUGGCUGGUCCAGUCCUCAACAUACCACCAGGGCUCAGUCUCUGAGGUCACCAGUUCCUUACAAGAAACCACUGACUGGUGAGCUGCAAAGAAGAUCUUCUGCAAUCCUGGGUAAUUUCAGCUCUUUGUGCUACAAGGACAAUCGAAGGAAGGUAGAACCGCCUCUUGGAGGUCAUGAUCCUCGAACAGCGGUUCAGUUGAGAAGCCUCAGCACUGUUCUAAAGCGCCUCAAAGAAAUCAUGGAGGGGAAGAGCCAGGACAGUGACUUGAAGCAGUACUGGAUGCCUGACAGCCAGUGCAAAGAAUGCUACGACUGCAGUGAGAAAUUCACCACUUUCCGACGGAGGCAUCACUGUCGGCUUUGUGGGCAGAUCUUCUGUAGUCGAUGCUGCAAUCAGGAAAUCCCUGGAAAAUUCAUGGGCUAUACAGGGGAUCUCCGAGCCUGCACUUACUGCCGUAAAAUAGCCUUAAGCUAUGCACACUCCACAGACAGCAACUCCAUUGGAGAAGACUUAAAUGCUCUGUCAGAUUCUGCAAGUUCUGUGGCCGUGCUGGAUCCUGGCGAGCCACGCACACCAGUUGGCAGCCGUAAAGCUAGCCGCAACAUCUUUCUGGAGGAGGAUCUAACCUGGCAAAGUUUGAUUCACCCAGAGUCUUCAUCUACCACAUUGUCUGCACGCCUUGGGGCUGUCCAGGAAGAUGCAGGGAAGUCACCAGCUAGGAACAGAUCAGCCAGCAUCACUAACCUGUCACUGGAUCGGUCGGGUUCACCAAUGGUACCUGCCUACGAGACAUCUGUCAGCCCCCAGGCAGGUCGCACUCACACCAAGGCAGAGACCAGCGAGGAUGAGCGCAAAAUCCUGCUGGACUCAGUCCAGCUGAAAGAUCUGUGGAAGAAAAUCUGCCAUCACAACAGUGGGAUGGAGUUUCAAGACCAUCGGUACUGGCUGCGGACACAUCCCAACUGUAUUGUAGGAAAAGAACUGGUCAACUGGCUCAUCAGAAAUGGACACAUAACCACAAGGGCCCAAGCCAUUGCAAUAGGACAAGCAUUGGUUGAUGGACGCUGGCUAGAAUGUGUCAGUCAUCAUGAUCAGCUCUUCAGAGAUGAGUAUGCUCUCUACAGACCAUUACAGAGCACAGAGUUCUCAGAAACCCCAUCUCCAGACAGUGACUCUGUGAAUUCUGUAGAGGGGCAUUCUGAGCCAUCCUGGUUCAAAGACAUCAAGUUUGAUGACAGUGACACAGAGCAGAUUGCUGAUGAAGGAGAAGAUAACUUAGCCAACUCUGCCAGUCCUAGCAAGCGCACUUCAGUCAGCAGCUUCCAGUCCACAAUGGACAGUGAUUCAGCCGCCUCCAUCAGCCUGAACGUGGAGCUGGACAACGUGAACUUCCAUAUCAAGAAGCACUCCAAGUAUCCACAUGUGCCCCCUCACCCUGCCGACCAAAAAGAGUACUUGAAUCCUGAAAACGGAGGGCAGCAGAUGUUCUCUAUAAGUGAUGCUUUUAUUAAAGAGUCGUUGUUCAACAGGAGGGUGGAGGAGAAGUCCAAGGAACUCUUUUUCACGCCCCUAGGCUGGCACCACAGCAAUCUGGAUCUGCUGAGAGAAGAGAACGGGGAGAAGCAAGCCAUGGAAAGGCUGCUGUCUGCUAAUCACAACCACAUGAUGGCACUGCUGCAGCAGCUUCUGUACAAUGAGUCUCUGUCACUGUCCUGGAGGGAUAUAAUUGUUCCUGUGGUCUGUCAGGUAGUUCAAACUGUACGACCUGAUGUCAAAAACAGAGAUGAUGACAUGGAUAUCCGUCAGUUUGUCCACAUCAAAAAAAUCCCUGGUGGAAAGAAAUUUGACUCCAUGGUGGUGAAUGGAUUUGUUUGCACUAAGAAUGUUGCACACAAGAAGAUGAACUCUUGCUUAAAAAAUCCCAAAAUUCUUCUGCUGAAGUGCUCAAUUGAGUACCUCUAUCGAGAAGAAACAAAGUUUACCUGCAUAGACCCAAUAGUACUUCAGGAAAGGGAGUUCUUGAAGAACUAUGUACAGCGAAUAGUUGAUGUCAGGCCUAAUUUGGUCCUUGUUGAGAAGACUGUCUCCCGAAUUGCCCAGGACAUGCUCUUAGAACAUGGUAUCACUCUGGUCAUCAAUGUCAAGCCGCAAGUGUUAGAUCGAGUAAGUCGAAUGACCCAGGGGGACUUGGUGAUGUCAAUGGAUCAACUGUUGACCAAACCACGUUUGGGAACCUGUCAUAAAUUUUAUAUGCAAGUGUUUCAGUUGCCCAGUGAACAGACAAAAACCCUGAUGUUCUUUGAAGGGUGUCCUCAGCACCUGGGUUGCACUAUCAAGUUGUGUGGUGCUGCAGAGUACGAGCUGGCUCGUGUGAAAGAGAUCCUGAUCUUCAUGGUCUGUGUGGCUUAUCAUUCCCAGCUGGAAAUCUCUUUCCUUAUGGAUGAGUUUGCCAUGCCCCCUACUCUGACCAAAAACGCCUCCUUUCACUCCCUUAUUGAGGAGACAGGGGAUGAAAAUGAGCAAGAGAAUCUCUUCAAUGGAGAGGAUUUCAGCACAGCAGUCAGAGACAUUGAACUAUCCUCUGAAAAGCUGCCUAUAAUCUCUGAGUCAGUGUCCUCUGAUGAGGCUGGCUUGCUUGAACAGAGAAUUUUAUUUGAGAGAGCUGACAAAGAGAACAGUCAACUGGAAAUGGUAUCCUUGAAACAGCAAGAGUACCACAAAGUGGAGUCACCAUUUCCAGUGUUCAACUCUGUACCUCCUGCAAUACCUGAAACAUCCCUACUGCCCCUCCAUGGCAUGGACCAGCACCUGGUCACUCUGGACAGUCAGGCACUAGAGCCUCUUCAACAGACAGAUGAUCUGCAAGAGUCCAAGAGUCAGAUGAGAGUCUUCAGAGACCCUCUUCAGGAUGAUACUGGUUUAUAUGUCACGGAAGAGGUAACUUCUUCUGAGGAUCGUCUCAAGACUUACUCUGCAGCAUUUAAGCAGGAGUUGAAAGAUGUCAUUCUCUGUAUUUCUCCUGUAAUGAUGUUCCGUGAGCCAUUUCUUUUGACUGAAAAAGGCAUGAGGUGCCCUGCCCGGGAAUACUUCCCUGAGCAAGUUUAUUGGUCUCCUCUCCUCAAUAAGGAAUACAAGGAAUUGGAGAGCAGAAGGAAGAGACAAUUAUUGCGGGAUCUCUCUGGACUACAAGGGAUGAAUGGGAGUAUCCAAGCCAAGGCUAUCCAAAUCUUACCUUCUCAUGAGUUGGUUAGUACUAGAAUAGCAGAACACUUAGGUGAUAGCCAGAGCUUAGCCAGAAUGCUGGCUGACUAUCGGGCUAGAGGAGGGAGGAUACUACAGAAAAGCACAGAUCCCUUUGCUCAAAGUAAGGAAGUGUCUAGUGUUCCUACUGGAAGAACUGGGUCCAAAACUGAAGAGGAUGAGAAGGGACUGUCUCAGAGUGAAUCCUCAUGGUCUCAUAAGGUGGAUUGCCUGAGUCCAGUAAACCAUCAAAGACUUUGUGUUCUCUUCAGCAGCUCUUCUGCUCAGUCCAGCAAUGCUCCAAGUGCCUGUGUUAGCCCCUGGAUUGUGACCAUGGAGUUCUAUGGGAAAAAUGACCUGACUCUAGGGAUUUUUCUGGAGCGGUACUGCUUCAGGCCUUCCUACCAAUGCCCCAGCAUGUUCUGUGAAACACCAAUGGUGCACCACAUUCGUCGUUUUGUUCAUGGGCAAGGCUGUGUGCAAAUUGUGUUAAAGGAGUUGGAUUCCCCAGUCCCUGGAUACCAGCACACCAUUCUCACUUAUUCCUGGUGUAGACUGUGCAAACAGGUGACACCAGUUGUUCCCCUUUCCAAUGACUCUUGGUCUAUGUCUUUUGCAAAAUACCUUGAGCUGAGAUUCUAUGGGCACCAGUACACUCGAAGGGCCAAUGCAGAGCCUUGUGGUCAUUCCAUUCACCAUGACUAUCACCAGUAUUUUUCCUAUAAUCAGAUGGUGGCUUCUUUCAGCUACUCUCCAAUCCGGCUACUUGAAGUAUGUGUCCCACUCCCCAAGAUCUACAUCAAACGGCAAGCUCCAUCAAAGAUAACUAUUUUGCAGGAUCUCAAGGAUUUCUCUCAAAAAGUGUCACAGGUAUAUCUUGCUGUUGAUGAUCGCCUUGCUUCUCUGAAGACGGAUACUUUCAGUAAAACAAGAGAAGAGAAGAUGGAAGACCUCUUUGCUCAAAAGGAGAUGGAAGAGGGGGAGUUUCAAAACUGGACUGAGAAAAUCCAAGCAAGGCUGCUUUCAUCAUCAUUAGAUGCACCUCAACAGCUGCAAUCUGUUUUUGACUCUCUGAUAGCUAAGAAGCAAGGACUUUGUGAGAUGCUACAAGCCUGGAAUAAUAGAUUGCAGGAUCUCUUCCAACAAGAGAAAGGGAGAAAACGCCCAUCGGUUCCACCUAGUCCUGGGAGACUGAGGCAAGGUGAAGAAAGCAAGAUCAGCAGUAUAGAUGCUUCCCCACGCAAUGCUUCUCCAGGACUGCAAAAUGGAGAGAAAGAGGAUCGUUUCCUGACUACUUUAUCAAGUCAGAGCUCCACAGGUUCCACCCAUCUUCAGUUGCCCAGCCCUCCAGAGGUUGUAUCGGAGCAUAUGACUGGUGCCAGCACGCUGUCUGAACAGGAUACAACAAGCAGCUCAGAAGAUGUGUUUGAUGGACACUCACUGGGAUCUACAGACAGCCAGGUGAAGGAGAAGUCUACUAUGAAAGCUAUUUUGGCUAACUUUUUACCUGGAAACAAUUAUAACCCCAUCCCAUUUCCCUUACCUCUUCCAAGGGUUGGACUCAAAUUGUCAUUGUCUGGGUGUAGGUCAGGUUCAAUGGCUACUGCAUGUGCCCUCAAGUCCCCUUCCCAUGUGAAAAUGGGCAGGCUGGAAAGUCUUUUGGCUACUUGUGACCCAGAUAAGCACUACCUAAUGUAUGAGCAUGAACGUGUGCCUAUUGCUGUCUGCGAGAAGGAACCAAGCUCCAUCAUAGCUUUUGCUCUGAGUUGCAAGGAGUACAGAAAUGCUCUGGAUGAUUUGUCUAAAGCAUCUCUGAAGAACAGUUCUGAAGAAGGACUACAACCAAACAGCAUGUCAGACAGCAAACCAAAAAGCUGUAGCCCCGUCCGCCUGCCUGAGGCUAAUGUGGGUCCAUCAAAUCGCAGUGCAGAAACCGAGCAGUCAAAGAAACCAUCUGGUGUUUUGUCUUUCUUCCGUGGCACGGGCGGAAAGAGCCCGGACCUAUCUUCCCAGAAGAAAGAGACCUUACGUGGUGCUGACAGUGCCUACUACCAGGUUGGACAGAUGGGCAAAGAGGGAGCAGAAAACCAAGGAACAGAACCUCAAGAUGAUGUAGAUGGAGGAGAUGGACAGAAGAAACAGCUGGUGAAUCCCCAUGUAGAACUCCAGUUUUCAGAUGCAAAUGCCAAGUUCUACUGCCGGAUUUAUUACGCUGGCGAGUUUCACAAGAUGCGUGAAGUGAUACUAGGGAGCAGUGAAGAGGACUUCAUCCGAUCCCUUUCUCACUCUAUGCCCUGGCAAGCACGAGGUGGCAAAUCUGGGGCUGCAUUCUAUGUGACUGAGGAUGAUAGAUUCAUCUUGAAGCAGAUGCCUCGUCUGGAAGUCCAAUCGUUCCUUGACUUUGCUCCACACUACUUCACUUACAUCAUUAAUGCAGUUCAGCAGAAGAAACCCACAGCACUGGCCAAAAUCCUUGGGGUAUAUCGAAUUGGAUAUAAAAAUUCUCAAAACAACACUGAGAAGAAGCUGGAUCUGCUUGUCAUGGAGAACCUUUUCUAUGGCAGGAAAAUGGCUCAGGUUUUUGAUCUGAAGGGCUCUCUCCGGAAUAGAAAUGUUAAAACAGACACAGGCAAGGAAAGCUGUGAUGUAGUCCUGCUGGAUGAGAACCUUCUGAAGAUGGUCCGGGACAAUCCUUUGUACAUCCGUUCCCAUUGCAAGGCUGUGCUGAGAGCUUCUAUACACAGUGAUUCCCAGUUCCUCUCCAGCCACCUUAUCAUUGAUUAUUCCCUUCUGGUGGGUCGUGAUGAUACCAACAAUGAGCUGGUUGUUGGGAUCAUUGACUAUAUUCGCACUUUUACGUGGGACAAAAAGCUUGAAAUGGUGGUGAAAUCAACUGGCAUCUUGGGAGGACAAGGGAAGAUGCCAACUGUGGUCUCUCCAGAACUCUACCGGACCAGGUUCUGUGAAGCUAUGGACAAGUAUUUCCUGAUGGUGCCAGACCAUUGGACAGGACUGGGCUUGAAUUGCUAAGAUAAAGCCCGUACUGGGAAAGCACAAGAGGACAAUGACAUUACAGGCCACUCUCUUCCUGCAGCCUGUCCAGCAGUAAGCGAAAGGAUUGCAGUUCCAUGUCUACACUGACUUAUGUGCAUCAUGUGGUGAAGUGUGAAAUCUGCUCGUUGCACUUUAAUCCUCUCUUGGAGGCUGAUAAGCAAACCAGCCUCACUAAGCAUCUAAGCUGAAAGGUACCACUGAACAGCAUUGAUGAGAUGUUACCUCUGACAGCAGGGAAUGUGAUGUUAUCUCUGUGUAAGAGAAGCAGAUACUAUCCAGUUCAUGAUGGUGUACAAGAUCUCUGCAAGUCUUAGGCUGCCUAAGUGGUCUAGAGUAUGACCAGCUUGUGUUUCUGUAGAGGAUGUCUGGUACUGCAAAUGUGAAAUAAACCCCCCUCUCUGUGUAUGGGUGGGUAAGCGAAGAAUGAAGUUAAUUCCUGAAUACUGCUACUGUUGCAGUGGUCUGUUAUUGACGUGUUUAGGACCCAUGAAUAACUUGUCCUGCGUAUGCUCUGUAGCUUAAUUUUUUCCUGGGUUCUGUAAACAGUAGUUUUUUUUAAGGGCAGCUCCACAGCUAUAAUGUCAUAUCACUUCAUCUUUUAAGUUAUAUUACUGCAGUACAACUCUUUAUCUGUCAUAAUUUCAUUUUAGCUGAGUCUCAUAAAAAUGGGUAGUCAGUUAUCAGCAUACUGCAAAACCCAAAACAUAUCCCUUUAGUCCUAAACAGUACUCAGAUCUGAAUGCUGCCCAAUCCCUGGAAACAAGUAUCAAAAAAAUAUACCCUUUAAUUUAACAGUACUCGAUUAAUUAUAGUUAUGAAACUAAUAAACCCUUUCCUUAGUGGAAGACACUUGCAAGUUGCUAGGCAAAAUGAAGUAUACUGCCUCAGAGCGACAACUUUCUCCUUAAUGAAACCAUCAUUCCUAGCACAUCACUACAAAUCCAUUUCAGUUCCCUAGGACAUUCAAACAAUGCAUUUACCUCAUGGUGAAACUUUGCCAGGAGAAGGUUUUUCUUGGAUUCGUUACAUGCUGAUGAGAAUGAGUAUCCAGAUCUCAUCACACUGUGCAACACCAAUGGAAAACCUGUCUCUUCAGCAGUAUUAGAAGACAUUUUUUUGCACCACUGAGAUGAAUGUAAUCAUCUUUUUCUGUAAAAAGAAAAACCUGAACUAACAGGUAUCUUGUAUGAUGGGUAAGAUGUGCAGAGAUCUGUGACUCUGUUAUGAUGAUAAGCACUAUUUUCCUUUUUUUUUUUUUCAUUUUUACUGGUUUUGUAGGUGAUGAAUUUACUUUUUAGCUUCAUAUAGUAUAGGCCAGUAAAUAAGAGAGGUUUUUAUGAAUUUGAGAGGCAAGAAUACUCUUCUUUGACUUCCAGUCUCUAAUGGAAGGAAUUCAAUUGAACAUGAAGUCUGGGACACAUCUCUUUACCACUUGCUCAUUCUAACCAGUUGCCUGGUAAUACCAUCUUAGUGAACUAUGGAUUGAAAUCAUAGUGAACUAUGGAUUGAAAUGUGUUUUGUUCACUCCUCCCGUGUUCAGUAUUGUCUUCUGCAGCAGAUGUUGGUGGCUCUGUUAUGGAGUGACAGCCAGGAAGCACUGAGAGAGGAAAAUGACAGCAGUGAGAAUUGAACUGUUGGCUUCAAUAACAACCAGUGUGGCUCAGGUCUGAGCUGCCAGGAGGCCACAGUCAUUUGUGUUGGAAGAAGUCUUCUCCACCCCAUUGCAAAGCCCUACUGGGAAUGAGAAAAGAUGCUGACUUUGAAGCAGAAGAAAUUAAAAAUUUUCUCAUUUCCCCAUGUACAAUGCAAUAAUAGUUUCUGGGGGUGCAGUGUUGAAAGCUGCAGUGAUGUGUGCUAUGGAAAGAUGACACAGUACUACUUGUUUCCUCUGGCCCAGACCACAGUGCAUCAGGUACAGAUGACCACCUCUGGAACACAUCUUGCUUCGUGUGUUGAAAUGUACCCCCAGGAUGACUAGUUGUCGUGAUGAACUAGAUGAUACUAGUUGUGUGUGGGGCCUUGUGUAAUGAGGAAUUGACCAGUCUAUCAUCUUGAUGCUCCUCUCACUUCUGUGGCUUCUACUUUCUUUGUCAAUUGAUACAAAAGAGUAUAUGUGAUGCAGCCUAAAUCUGUUCCAGUCUCAGUUAAAGUUUACAUGUAUUCUUCCUCCUUCCCCUCCUGAAGUUUACAGGGAAAAAACUUGACUUGCCUGACCAGCUAAGGUGACCCAACAGCAGCUGGUUAUGUUAUUUUCCAUCUUUGUCAGUAUGUGGAUGGGUUGGUUGGGAAUGAAUAUGGGCAGUAUCAUGGCAUCUGUACUAGGCUAAGGUAGAGCUCUGAUGUACUGGCCCUGUCUUGUCACCGGUAACCCUUACUCCACUGGUGUGUGGCUGUUUUAUACUGCUCAUCUUCCAGAGUCCCAAGCAGAAGGCUAUAAAGCAGUGUGUUUAUCUGACUGCAGAUAAUGUUCCCUUGUGCAUGACAGCAUGAGACUCUCAGUACUGUGAAAGAAGCUUCCACUGGCCAGCUGUUUUAGCCUGUGAACAGAGAGCCCAGACGUGUGAAUUCUGACUGUCUUGGCCUGAAGUUCUUGUAGUUGGAGAGAUUUGCAGGAGUGAUCUUGAGUUGGCAUCAACAAGUAACUUUGGGUCAGGAUGUGGCUGAUAGAUUAGUCCUGACCAGAAUGGAGUAAAUAUCAAACCACUGGUCACGGGUAGCAUAGUAUCAGCAGCACCAACUGGAAUUGGGACAUCUUUGGGUGCCAUGUGACAAAGCUGUAAGCAUUUCUAGUUGAAAUCCCAGAUCUGAACAGAUCUUCUCAAACGUUCCCUGGAGUAUUUUUAUUUCUUUCUAACAGUGGCACUGAUACAUGUGUAAGCAAAGCCCAGUUGCAAACACAAAGACUGCAUUUCUUCAGAGCUACACUGGUUCUUUUUCUUCUGUUGUUUGAUCUGAGGCCUUGUGACAAAUGUCUAAAUCUUGUCCUAGUCAGAAUUGAUGACUUACUUUGAGUCAUUGUGCCUUGUAGCGGCCCAGUGAUGCAUUCUGUCCCCCAAAAGCAUGUGAGGAACUCUUGCUGAUUAAGUAGCUCUGCUGGGCUCAGGGGAGUUACCUGUGGAAUGGACUGUGCUCUGUGAGAAUGACCAAAAACCAAAUGAAUUGCUCAUAGCAGGUGGCCAGACUAAUUGUUAUUCAAAGCACUUAAUGUACCAUAAUGUAUGUAUUUCUAAUCUACUUUGGUUCAGCUGUAUUUUAUAGAAUAGAUGUACUAAAUUAUUUGAGAAUAACUGCCUUUGACUACUUGGAGAAUCAAAAUGUAAUGUAUAUUAAUACAAAUAAAGUGACUAAAAUAUACUGGAGUCUAACCCAUGUGGUGGGGCAGGUAGGUCUCAUAGCAUCGCGUUUCCUUUACUAGAAGCUAAGGCCUCUGCUUAGUCUGCAGCAGCUGCUCUGUUGGAGGAUGCCAGCUUUGCGUGCAGUCUAGGUGGGCUUGCCAUCUCUCUGUACCUUUCAGCUCAUGUCUUUUAAUGGAGUGGGACCUCAGGGUAGCUCUUCAGGUUAGUGUCGGUAGAAGGUGCAAAUAACCUUUUGUGCAUUUUUCCUACCUUCUCCCCAGCUGUAUUUCGGUGGAAAAAAUCCAAGGAAGUCUAAAAGUUAAUGGCGCAUCCUGGUUGCUGCCUGUUAACCUGGUAUAUAGUAACCUCCUCUUAAAGCUAAAAGUGAUGAUGCGUGAUUAGUUCUGGGAAUAGAACUUAUACAACUAAAAAUCUAAACCAUGAGGAUUUUAUCUGUACUAUGUGCCAUCACCACUUUUGCCAGGUGAGUUUGAGGUCUUUUAUCUGCUGUUGUAUGUAGGAAACUGCAUCAGAAGCUGCCUACUGUGGAGGUGUGAGCAAGGCAAAAGGUGGGAUACUUAAUUCAGGGGCAGUGCUGCCUUAUGCUGGUGUAAGGUUGAGUGGUGGGAAUGGAGGGGCUUUCUGGCAUGAAGUUGGUAAGUGUUAUCAGACCAGCAUUCAUCUUACACUUAAAAGUGGGACUGUCACCAGUUGCGAACAAGAUUUUGUGCUCUAAGCGAACUCCUUUUGGCCAGUACUGAAGCCAUCAGUAAUAGAAAAUGAAAUGUAAUUCCCUGUGUUUUCCAUUCAUGUAACUGAUGGUAUGAGCUAUUGGUCAACUUCACCCAUUACCACCUUGAUUAAGACAAUACUACUAUUAAAAAAAGAAAAAGAAAAAAGAAAAAAAAAAUAUCCAAAAGUUGGGAUUCACUUUCUUAGUCUAUGCUGUAUAUAUCUCAGUUUGAGUCCUGUAGUGUUGUAACAUGAAGAUACACAAGCAGCAAGGAGUACUUCAGUUUUAGUGUGGAGGUUUUCGAGUCAGUGCAGACACAGAGUAACUUUGCACAGUAAUUGGGAAACGUCAGGCCAAUGACUUCUAGCACAGAGAGAAGACCAAGGGUGAAAGUAUUUGGACUUGGAAUGUCACUGUUAUCAGAUGCAAAGUUUCAGUUAAGUUAUUUUUUUCCAUUCCUGUUGCAAAUGUAAAUAUUAAAAUAUUUUACAUUUUUAUGAGCUGAUAAAAAAAUAUGGAACUUCCACAACUAAUUAAACCUGAAGCAUGUCAAUCAAAACAUUUUUUUCAACUUCAGGCUAUAAAAAAAUCAAUACGCUGCUUGAAGCUUUUUGCUAUUUUCUCUCAUUCAAUUUAAUGCCUUUUAGCAGCAGUAGAGGCUAAAGAAGCUGAAUGUGUCUUGGUAACUUUCUUGUUUUAAUAUGAGGCACAAUAGGUAAUCAGUUCAGUGACACUAAACAGCCAUAGAAGUCCUUUUAGUUGAAGCAAAAUAGCCUGCCAGAAAUAAAUUUAAAAGCCAUUAGGCCUCCAUGUGUACUAUGCCACCUAUCUUACAGCAUACAUGUAUUCGGUGUUUUGUUAUGUUUCCCUUUCUUAGUGCAUGUGUAGUUACACAAAAAGGAAAAGUUACAAGGCCAGCCUCACAGCCUACUGCUUGUAAUUUGAGAUUUGGCAAGGCUGCCAAUGUUUACUUAGUACCCUGGAAAAUCCUAAACAACAGAGACCCUGAAGAGUUGCUCUUGCCCUGCUUUGAGUUGAUUGAGAUGUUUUGUGGCAGUCUGACAAAACCUCCAGGUCAUCACACUUGUCCACCCAGUUGAACAGUCACAACUAGAGAGUGGUGCUAGGAAAGGAGUAAGGAAUAAGGGAUAAUAAAGACUAUCUGCAGCUAUAAUAAACACGAUCUCCCUGCAGCUACAGGGAGAAGUGGAACAAUCUUGGUCAUACGAUAGAGUAAAAUUAAAAUUUAAUCUUGGGAGGAGAAGGGGGGGGAUUAAGGAAUAGUGGAACAUUACUUGAAAUCAAAGCAUUAAUUCAUGUAAUGUUUUUGGAUUCAUCUUCCACUUGGUUUAUUGCUUGGCUAUGUGAAUUUGAAGGUUUUUCUUUCAAAAUACGAAAACAAGUCCAAGUCAAAACAGUUGCUAAAAUAUAACUACAGUCUGUUAUGAACCAUGUUUGGCAGUGGAGGAGUAUAUUUCAUAUUUGUUGACCAAUACAUUCUUCAUUGCAUUUUGAGAAGAUUUUUUUUUAUUAUGCUGGGUGGGCUUUGUGGUUUGGUGGCAGGUGUUUGUUUUUUGUUUUGUUGUUUUUUCAAAAAAUAUUUUGACUCCUGAGGAAUGAAGCAAUGCUGACACCUUCACAAUUCUGUAGGAGAAAAUUGAGGGAUGUGGCUCUUCAUUAUGUUCUUACUUUAAAGUAGUGCUGCUCCAGAAGUGUAUUGAAAAACCAGUUUAAACCCUUCAUUAGUGAAAAUUGGAUCAUGCAGUUAAGGUCUAAUUCACAUAGAGAACACUGGAGAUAAAAAAUACAUGUAAAAGGUUUAAUUUCUUUAUUUGUAUGGCUAGGAAUAAAGGCAAGAUUUUAUUACUCACUGCAUUUUCCCCAAGCUGCUUAUUGAAAACUGUCAGAAAUGGCAACUGGCAAAAAAAGUUUCCUUAUGAAAACUUGCAAAACUUCUUAGAAACCUACAUCAUCUACAGCUUGCUCUCUUUUCGUCCUGAAGAUCAUUUUUUUUCCCAUACACAACUAUUAGGUCCCUAGCUUAGAAAGUUAAAGUGGAUGCAAAGAGAGUUUCAUGAUACGAAUUAAGUGUUAAAAAUGAACUUUAUUGAUAUUUGAGUUAAAUCCUCUUCUAGACAGCCCAAAUGAGUUUCAAAACCAGUAGCCCAGGCAAAAUAAGUCAGUGUAGAGAAUAUUUUGAUUAAGUAGUGUUUUGUUUUCAUAGUACUUAUCUAUAUGCGCCAAGUAACUAAUUCAGAACAUAGUGAUAAUGUAACUUUGUACAAAAAAUUGAAGUAUGAAUAGAGCCAUAGUAAAGCCAGAAAAUUCUUAGGCUACCAUCAUCUUGCAGACCAGAUUGCUGUGAAGCACUUUUUGUUUUGGUCCUACUACUGUUCCUGUUAGUAGAAAUAAGAGAGAAACUGUAUGUUAAUAGGAAUAAAGAAAAAACUCUACAAACGCCUCUACUAGGUUAUUUUUUUAUUAGCUUUUUAACACUAGAAUCCUAGAGUAUGUAACCAUGACCUCAUUCUCCAGGAAGAAGGUAGAAACUGAAGGUACAGUUAAACAUGCAAAAACUGACCAAAACAGAGUUUGUUUUGAAGUCACAAAAAUACCGCAAUUUUUACUUUAGACAGAGUUUGAAGUUUGAUUUGGAUGUGGGAAGGCCUACUUUUUAUUAAGAGGAGAAUGUACUGCAUUUAUUUUUUUUCUCAGAUUAAUACACUGCAAAGCAACAGAAGCAACCCUGAACAUGGGAGAAGCAGCACUGAAUGUCUCAAAGGUUACUAGAAUCUCUUUUUAUUUCUUGCUGCCCUCUUUGUAGAAUAAAUUACUUGUAGAUAACAAUGUAUUUACAAAUUUAUAGUACUCGCAGUACAGUGACCAGUCAUGCCAAACUUAAACACACAGAGAGCAGGGGAAAAAAAUCCAUCUGAUAAGCUCUCAGAAGCAUUUUACUAAAAACAUGAAAUAUUUCAAUAUUGAACUCCUAAAUGCAGGAGACAUUUUGUUGUCUUCUGUAAUUUUUAUCUAUUGCGAAGCUAUGAAAAAUGUUAUUCUGGAGUUGGAAUUCUAUUAAGAUGUAUGAGGAGACUUUGCAAAUGUACAGUGUUUGUUAUUAAAUGUAAAAAGGCACUUUCUUUCCUGCUUACCUGAAGAUAAUAUAAAAAACAAACAAAACCCCCAAAACAUGUCUGCAAAGAAAAGUGGUAAUACCAAAAGAGGUUAAAUGUGUCCACAGAAUACAUUCAUAUUUUAAAAAGACAAUAAUGUUAUGACCUAAUAACUUAAUCAGAUGCUUCUGUGGCAUAACCUAAAUUGUGAAAGUCAAUGAAACACUGAAGUCCUUGAUUUUUUUUUUUUUUUUUAAUUUUAAAAAAAGAAAAUUAAAAAAAAGCAACCCUACAAAACAAACCAAAGAAACUCUAAGUUCUGUUCAUCCAGGCACCACCACCGGUGCUAGAAUAUAGUAAUCCACACAAGGGCAGGAGCAAUGUAAUUCAAUAAACCUGUCCUGCUACCAGAUCUUGAUUGUAUUUCUUAGCAAUGAACUAGACAGUAAUGCAAUCCCAAAGCAGAAUAAUCACCAGGUAAAACUGUUUGUCUUUCAAACAGACAAUCCCUCAUUGUGUUUCUGCAUUGCAGAGUGGUUUGAGUGCAUAUUCAGCCAUAGGCUGAGUCCCACAUUCAAGAAGUGUUUGAAAGGAGACAGAAAAAUACAAGGAACUAAUAACUGGGUAGGUAAAAGUGAUACAGUCCACAUUGCUGGUCAGCUCCAAUGUGUGACUAGGAAGAAGGUACUUGGUGUAUUGGAAGAGGGACAUGCAGAAUUCAGUUGCAGAAACACUGAAUGGCUCCACCUAAACCAAAUUGUUUUCAUCUGCCCACAGUCUAAACAGAAUUUGUACAGUCAUAUGCCCAUGAACUCAAACUAGUUUUCAUCUCUUUUGUCCUGUCAUGAAUGUAAUCAACCUUGUAUUUUCCUUUUGGUGUCUUCUGUAUUCACAGCUUCAGAAUAUUUUGAAUCGUAGUGACCUCCAUUACCACUUAGAGUUCAUCCUAGUGACAAGAAAAUAAACAAUCAAAUUAUUCUAAAAGUAAAAAUAAACCCCAAGAUUAUUUGGGUUAUUUUGGGGUGUUAUUUAGUAUUUCUCUGGGGUACUGAUUUUUCAGCUGGAAAAACGUUUCUUAAAUAGAAUUCAGGGUACUUCUUAACAGCUGUAUAUUAAUAACUCCUGAGUUAAAAUGUCCACCCCAGUUUUGCAUUAAUCAGCCUCUGUAAUUUGAUGCCUGCUUUCUCAAUCUAGUCUAAGGAUUACACUUAAGGAUACAGUGCAUCUCAGCCAACUAUCUUUAACGCAUAUUUGUAAUUCUGCUAAGCCUUGCCAUAACUGAUGCUGCAACUGCAGCAUUCCCUACUAUAUCUGUGGACAUGGAGAACUGAGUUUGAAUAAAUUGUAGUAAACAAAACAAGAGUGGAACUAAAA